AUGCCUCCGAAGAAGCGGCCUGCUUCCGCGAUGGCGGGUGAUGAUGAAGAAGAGCCUCGGAAGAGUCGGAAGGGGUUCAAGGAAUGGCACAAGCUGCGAGAUGCUCUGUUGCCCUUCAUAGACAAGCGGUUUUUUGCUUCGUACCACACGGAUCGUGCAAUCGCGAAGAUCGACAAGAAGAAGCUGUGCUCUCCGUUCUUUGGCAUCUUGAACAACUGCAGACAGUUGAGUCCUACGUGGAACUUUCCGGAUACCGUCAUCAAGAAAGCCUUGCUAGGGGUGCUAAAGCACGAGGACAACAUCUACUGUUGGGACAAAGCACGUUUGGCAGAGCAGAUUAAAGAAGCCGAUCGGGAUGCAUGGUCAACAACCAAUUCCUUACGACUCAGUGCUGCUUUCCGACACUACUCGCAAGCCACCCUUCGCCAAAGAGAAUGGGUUCCAAAGGCUGGGAUGAGCCCACGGACUCAGACGGGUUACUGGCAAGCAGCGAGAUCAGAGCCGUGCGCCACCGAAGGCACAGCCGAAGGCACAGCCGAAGGCAGAGAGCCGCAGGAUGAGGUGGCCUGUGAAGACAUGGACGGGGAACACGGAGCAGAUGAUCCCGACCAUGAGCCCGAGAAGGAGCCUGCAGACAACGAGCCCGCAGAUAAUGAGCCCGCAGACAAUGAGCCCCCGCCAAAAGAAACAGCGGCGGCUUUCCUGGCCAACGAUUGGUUCUUGAACACGCUGGAUGGGAUGAUGGGCGGCUUUGAUCCAUCGGACUGGUUGCGCCGCCAGACCAUGACUAGCUACCUUUCGCCGACUCCUGGUCCAAGUCGACGCCGAGAGACGCAGCUGCUGGAGAGCCCAACCGUCGAGGAGCCGACAAAGACGCCGAGCAAGUGGGACUACGAGAUGCAACGUGCCUGCCUCGAAAGCCAGACCGGCCCGGUGUUUUCUUCGAAGCCCUUUGUGAAAGAGGAUGAGGUUUUCGUUCAAUUCUCCGAUGGUCUUAUGUGGUCGGUUCCGCACCUCGACUAUGUGUACUCGAUAAUCCGCUGCAAGUACUGCACGCAAGGCUCCAAGAACCCCCUGAUCAAGGUCGAGGCUCGCGAGGAUCGCCACGAUGCCUCGAGCAAGUGGAUUCAGAAGCUCCAGCUGGUCAUCCGGACCGGCCUCAGUGUGAGGAAAGCGAUGCACAUCGCCAUGACCUUCGCCGAUUGCUAUGUGUACAUGAACUUGAAUCCGGCGGAGAUCAACUACAAAGGCUGUCGAGAUGAUCUAUUGGCUCACAACCACGAUUGGGAAGCUUCAGCUUUGGAUUGGCAAACUGUCAUUUCGCUUCGCUUGAAACACUUCCCGAGGCCGAAAGAGUCGCCUAUCAAGAUCGCGAAGCCCACGCAGACCCAGAUCGUGGAUGACCAGGCCAAGAACGAGCCGCAGGAAGCUCCCGCAGACACGGCAUCGGCACCAGACGCCGCCGGCUGUGACAACAAUAAUGAGCCAAGUGACGCCACCAACGGCGAGGAGCAGAAGCCAGCAGACGCCACCAGCGGCGAGCAGAAGCCAACAGACGCCGCCAACAACGAGGAUAAGAAGCCACCGGCAAUGGCCCCGGAAUCUAUUCAUAUCGCGAUCGAGAACUAUGCCAACAGCAUCAACAGGGACCCCAAGGAGGUGACGUUAUCCAUGCUUGAGGCUACAAAGGAAGGCUCCCUCUACUGGGCCACGGUCAACACAGACAUGUCGGCCCGUGGUGCCACGGCACAAUCCAUGGGCCGUGCCAUCCGCUUCAAAACGGACGUGAAAACCCUUUAUGGCCUACUCCUAGAUUCCUACAAGCUCGAGUUUAGGAGGGCCUGGGCAUGCUCCCGGGACUUUACCUUCGCCACGACUACCCGCAGCACCGUCAAUACAUUUCGCAAAAGAAAGGCGAAGAACUACACUCAGAUGUGCUGCCGUGACGACCUCAAGGAAUGGACGAGUACUGUGACUGUCGAGGUCUCGGAGCCGGUUAAAGGCUCAUGGUCUGAAAAGGUCCAGCUCUCGAAGGCUAUGCGAUGCUACGCGGCGGAGAACGGCAAGAGGUUGGUUGAUGUGACCGAGACCGAAGUGAGGAACUCGGAGUUGGGUGUGCAAGGCUGGGCUGCUUUGUUCGAAAAGACUCCAGGAGCCCAGCCCAAGCCCGGCGGGGAUGGCAGCAAUGCCGGUGGGGGCAAGGGCGGCAAGAAGAGGGGUUUGGAGCCGAAGCCGAUCGACACUGACCUCCCGCCGGAGCAAGCGAGCGACAAUGCUAUGAGCACGAUCACGAUCGAGUUGGGCAAGAGCGAUCCCGCCGCACGGCAGUGGGCGUCUGGGUUCGUGAAGAGCUACAAGGAAUGCCGGGUCGGGGUGCUCGAGCUCUACGCCGAGAACCCCUUCUUUCAGUCCAUGAAGGUGGCUGUUCUCUCCGCGAAGGAGCUGCAGAAGGUGAAGAAGGAGUACAAGGAUCAGUAUUUGCCGAAGCUUUGCGACUUCGUGAGUAUGUUGGGGCCGAAAAUCUCUGCUAUGGCAGAGGCUAGUGUACAGAUACAACAGAUGGCCUGUGCCAAGAAAAAUGCUUCCGAGAGUGUCAAAGCUAGCGGGGACAUCGAGGCUGCUCAGAAGUUCCGACGUCUGCUGGUCGAGAGGUUAUUGGAUGGUUCUGCUACGGCAACCGACACUUGUCAGCUUGCUUACUGGCACGUGGCAUCAGGGGGUGAGGGUGCUGAGGAUCUGGCUUUGAACCCUCGGUGCCAUCUGAGUAAAGAAUUCCCGGAGCCUGAUGUGGAAAUGGUUUCAGUUCCGAUGCAUCUGAAGAAGUCUGCUGGAAGGCGAGAUUUGAGUGAACAACAUCCGGAUUUGAGAUUGCCGAUCAUUGACUUCAAAGCUAACUGGGCUGCUUUGGUCGAGAUAGAGGUCACGAUUCCGGAUGUGGAUGUUCAACAGCAGAUCUCGAAGCUGUUGCACUAUCGAAAAAAAGGCCGUGGCCGCGGACGCUGCUUGCUGAAAGCAUUCCAACAGCUAGGGCUUCCGAAAAUGGCUAGAUUGGAGCCUUCUACACUGUUGCCAGAUGUGGGGUCCUUCGAGCAGCAGCAGUGUCCAUUCAGUUGCAUCUUUUAUGUGGCUGGUGAACACGGCCGUGUGUUGCACGUGUCUCCGCUUUUGCAAAUCCCUGGAGUCAGCUUGAGUUCUUGGUGCAUCGACUUGCUACAUACGUGGCAUUAUGGACCCAUGUCUACUUAUCUGACAUUUGCUCUUCGUGCUUUGCUGAGCACAGAGAUCUACAAGCCUGGCAAUUCAGCGGUUCUAGACAAAGAAGAAAAUGACAAGCUUUCUUUGAUGGCCCUCAAAGCGGAAUUGUGGAUGUUCUACAAGCACAGACGUGCCACAGACAAGGAGUGGAGCAAGAAAGGUUCUGAGGUGGGGAGGAAAAGGAUGAUACAAGAAUAA